AUGGCCGUGUUCUCUGGCAACAACCCGAGACCGGUCUCGGCUGCCCAGUACCAGCGACUCGGCGACGCUGGCGAAGCCGAGGAUGAUUCUGAUGGCCCACCCGGCCCGAAGAUGCUCCCUGCGGGCCCCGCUCCGCUCCGGACAUCGAAGAAGACCAUCACGGCCGCGGUUGUUACAUUACUGGCAGUAUGCCUCCUCGCUUGGUUUGCCACCACCAAACGAUUGUUGUUUGCUACAAUCUCAACCGACCCCAGCUGCCCCUGCAAGCCCGACCCCGAUGUGCCUCAAUACUUUCGCACGUCGCCGGAGCUGUGGGCUGGUCCGACAGCUACGGGCAAGGCACCUUUUCUGCAGCAAACCGUCACGUUUAACCCUACCGUUACCUAUGUCCCCAAUGCUCCCCUGCAGACAGCCAUACCGAUCCAGGGGAUGGGUUCUGGUAACAAGAGCAUAUUUCAGAUGAUGGGCCAUUUAUCUCCCUACUCACCUUCUCCGGGAUUUGGCGUUCGAGAGUAUCCCCUCCCUGCAGGUGCAGAGAUUAUCCAGGUGCAGAUGCUCUCUCGACACGGGUCCCGCUAUCCUACUUCAAACUCAGAUGUAUUUGCAUUGGGCGAUCGUAUACGCGAUGCCAAGAAGGGCAAGUCCUUCAAAGCUUCCGGGCCAUUGUCUUUUUUGAACGACUGGGAAUAUCAAUUGGGCCAUGAGAUUCUCGUGCCAAGAGGCCGACAGGAACUUUUUGAUUCUGGAAUCCUGCAUGCAUACAACUAUGGCAGGCUCUACAAUCCGAAUAGCAAGAUCAUAGUGCGCACAACAACCCAGGACCGAAUGCUCAAGUCUGCCGAGUAUUUCAUGGCUGGCUUCUUUGGGCUAGAAUGGCCUCGGAACGCGACCAUCGAGGUAAUCAUCGAGCAAACAGGAUUCAACAAUUCUCUGGCUGGGUACCUGAACUGCCCCUCCGGUGACAACCUACACGUCGGAGAUGAUGCACGUAAGAUCUGGGUCAGCAACUAUCUGCAGAAUGCUACCGCGCGAAUCCAAAGCAUGAUUGAGGGCUAUCAUUGGACUAUAGAGGACACCUACGCCGCCCAAACCAUGUGCCCAUAUGAGACGGUCGCAUAUGGGUUUAGUCGCUUCUGUGAACUCUUCAACUACGAAGAAUGGAUUGGUUUUGGCUACUCAAUCGAUCUGUGGUUCGCCGGCAUCACUGGCUUCCAGUCACCCGUAGGAAGAGCCAUUGGCCUUGGCUACCAGCAAGAGGUAGUCGCUCGUCUGAAGAACCACACCUUGGGAUAUUCCGGCUCCCAGAUCAACGUUACUUUGGACAACAACACCGUGACCUUUCCCCUCAACCAGACCCUUUACUUUGAUUUCUCCCACGACACGAAUAUAAUGGCGAUCUUGACUGCCUUUGGGCUGAGGCAGUUUGCUCAUCUUAUGCAGCCAACAAAUUACCCUGGCGAGCACAACCUAACAGUGGCACACGUCACUCCCUUUGGUGCAAGACUCGAUAUUGAGAUUAUCAAAACACCAAAGCCAGUGAAGCCGGAUCGUUCGGGCUUUAUGGUUGACGGCGGCGAGACCAAGUAUGUGCACUUUGUACUCAAUCAGCGCACCCUGCCAUUAGGCUGGAGCCUUCCGGAGUGCGACGUGUCACGGGUAGAUGGUUGGUGUGAGCUCGAAGCGUUUCUGUCUGCACAGGACAAGAUGCCUGCUCGUGCUAGGUUUGACUACGCAUGCUUUGGAUCGUAUGACCCCGGCCCUUACGGGUCGGUAAUGGAUGGAGCGCCACCUUAG